UUUCUCUACAUUUUAUUUAGAAAAAGAAAAAGAAAAGAAAAAGAGAAGAAUACUCCCAUUUUCCAAUAAGCAUCAUGUGGCUGUAUUUCCGGUUUGUUCUCUGAGCAGUUACCAGUAAGUACAAACAGAGAGGAACAUUUAGUCUCUUCUUGGAUCUGUAGUGAGAUUCCUUUGUUCCUUUCUUUAAUCUCCUCUUCUUCCUCCUUCCUUUGGCUGUUUCUCUUCAUCUGCAACUCUUCCUCUCUUCAUUGGUUCUGUAAUUUGUAAGGUUGCAUCAUUCUCGUCAUGGCUUUAAUGGUGGUCACUGCUGAAUGAUGGAGAAAGAAAAAGAAAGCUUUAAAAGUCAUCAGUGAGGCUAAAAGUUAGGGUCUUUGGAAAUCAAUAAAGGGAAGAGCACCACAACAACACACACAGAAGAAAGUUUCCAAGCCAAAAAAAGAAGAGAACUUUUUUGAAAUGGCUGCAAAGCUUCUGCAUUCGUUGGCAGAUGAUAGUGCAGAUCUGCAGAAGCAAAUUGGUUGUAUGAAUGGUAUUUUUCAGAUCUUUGACCGUCACCAUGUUCUCACCGGCCGGCGAAAGAGUCUUACUUUAGGUAGUGGAAAUGCAAAUAGCAUCAACAUUGAGAGAGACUCCGUUGAUACAUUUUAUCAAGCAAAAGACACUUUUCAGGACACAAACAUUGGUGGGAAUGUGAAAGAGAAGCAAAGGGUUUCAACAGAAUCAUCCAGGGUUUCUUUCUCAUCUUCCUGUUCGUCUUCCCCAUCAUCUCCUGAUUUGAAUAGAGUUCUACCUGAAGCUUCUGCCUAUGACCAAGCCCAUUUUCCUGAAUCUCCUACAAGUGACUCUGAGAUGGCCGAAGGGAAUGGGUUUUCACAGCUAGGAUUUGACCUCAGAGAUGUUGUGAGAGACUCUAUGUACAGAGACGCAAGAGGGCUUUCGCUCAAGACUCCUAUGACAAGAGAGGAAGCAGUUAGACGCAGCAGAAGAGAGGAUUCUCCAAGGCCUUAUGGUUUGAAGCAAUCCACACCUGCUGAUCUCAGUGAGUCCUUCAGGUUUCUUUCCAAGCUUAGAGAAUCACCACAUCAUUAUAAUGAGGUUGGAGCAAAGGGUGCACCAGCACGUUACUCUGUUGAUUCUCAUGAUACGCUGAAAUCAAGACAGAAGUUGAAAGAGCUGCCUAGGCUUUCGCUGGAUAGCAGAGAAAGAGUGGUGCAAAACUCUGUUGUUGAUCUUAAACCAGUUAAGCUUCCUGAAAGUUGUUCAAGCAGCAACAAGAAACGGCCUCCAAGUGUUGUUGCAAAGCUCAUGGGGUUGGAGACAUUGCCAGGUUCUCCAGUGGGUAGAGACAUCCAUAAGCUUGGUUUGAACACUUUUGACGAUAACAACGAUCCAUUCUCAAGAUCAUUGAGGGAGAAAAACCUGAACCGUACAAUAAGGUUUUCUCCUAGCUCACCAAGAAGCUUGGGGAAGGACCCUUCUUCUCCAAGAUGGAGAAACUCUGAUUUUGUUAUGAAGCCUCUCUCAAGUUCUAGGUUUCCCAUUGAGCCAGCUCCGUGGAAGCAAGCUGAUAGAAACAGAGUUCUGCAGAAGCAGCCUGUGAAAGCAGCAGCACCGCCUGAAGUGCCUAAGUUUCCUCCUACUGUGUACAGUGAAAUGGAGAGGAGAUUGAACGAUCUUGAGUUCAAAGAUUCAGGAAAAGAUCUGCGAGCUCUUAAACAAAUAUUAGAGGCUAUGCAGUCAAAGGUUUUGCUGGACACUGAGAAACAACCAGAACCCUCAAACAUGGCAGCUCAAAGAGAUUAUGCAACUUCUAACCAAGAGAUGACAUCAAGAACUAGAGUUCCCUCAUCUUCAUCUAACCAGGUGUAUCAAUCUCCGAUUGUGAUUAUGAAACCUGCCAAACUUGUUGAAAAGGCUGGUAUCCCUGCGUCAUCUCUUAUUCCAAUUCACAGUCUAUCUGGUGGGCUUAAUAAGAUCCGUAGAGAGAAGCCUGAUGAGAAAGGAGCUUCAACAAGUAGUAAACGGGUGACAAAAGACAGUAGUACUGGAAAGGGAAGAGCUGAAUCAUCAACCAGCUCUGUUGAUAAGAAACCUAACAGCAGAAACGUGCCGUCUUCUUCAAAGAAGCCUCAUAAGGUUUCCAAAGAGAGUGGUACUUCAAAGAGUUCAGGUUCUGUAAGUCCAAGGUUGCAGCAGAAGAAGCUUGAGCAUGACAAACGCUCACGGCCACCGACUCCUCCAUCUGAUUCUGCUAAAUCAAGGAAACCGUUGAACCGACAAAUGGCGGAGUCUACUUCUCCUGGUGGCAGACGUAGACCCAGGGCUCAGAAGAGUUUGCAGCAAAAUGAUGACCAAGUUAGUCAAGGGAGCAAUGAGUCGAGGACGUCGAGUCAUGAAAUGUGUACUCAUUCUGAAGCAGAAGCAGCAUCUGUAAUUGAGGCAGCCAAAGCUGUGGUCUCCAACUUAAUGCAGAAUAAAUCCAGUCCAAGGUUUAGUGAAGAUGGAUCGUCAGCAAACCUUUCACUAGUUGCUUUGGAGCAUCCAAGUCCUAUUUCUGUUCUUGACACCUCAAUUUACAGAGAGAUGGAACCAUCUCCUGUGAAGACACAAGGUUAUGUUGUUGCUCAUGACUCUGGUGAUGAUGAACAUUGUGAGGAUCAGUGGAAUCCAGCGUACAGUUUCUCUGAGACAACAUCAACCUUUUCGCCAGAGAUAAACCGGAAGAAGCUUCAAAACGUUGAGCACUUGGUUCAAAAGCUAAGACGUCUGAACUCUACCCAUGAUGAAGCCAACCAAGACUACAUUGCUUCCCUCUGCAAGACCCCAGAUCCCAACACCGAUCACAGAUACAUCUCCGAGAUUCUAUUAGCCUCAGGUCUUCUGCUCCGAGAUCUCGGCUCAGGGUUAACAACGUUUCAACUACACCCUUCAGGACACCCGAUCAACCCAGAGCUGUUCUAUGUUCUUGAGCAGACAAAGGGAAGCAGCAACACGCAUCUGCUGCUACACAAAGAAGAAAGCAAGGCUCUGAACAAGGAGAAGCUCAACCGCAAACUUGUGUUUGACACGGUUAAUGAACUUCUUGUGGAGAAACUAGCAUCGGUUGAAGCCACAACGAAUCCGUUGAUGAAGUCAUCUGCUAAGAAAGCAAUGAGUGCGCAACAGCUACUGAAAGAGCUGUGCUCAGAUAUAGAAACACUGCAAAGACAAGCCACAAAGAGAUCUGAAAACUUCCUGUUGGAGGAAGAAGACGACUUCCUGAAGAGUGUACUUGCGGAAGAUGUGAUGAUUCGGUCUGGGAACUGGGUGGACUUCAGUGGAGAGACCUCAGGGUUGGUGCUGGAUGUGGAGAGGCUUGUUUUCAAGGAUCUGGUGAAUGAGAUCGUGCAUGCAGAAACUAGCCGUUUGCAAGCAAAGUCGGGAAGACGAAGAACGCUUUUCGCGGAACAGUAAGCUAAGGCUGUUGAAGAAACACUAAUUAUAUAUAUACUCUAUGGUCUUUUCUUUUGCCCUGCUGAUUCAACAUGCUUGUUUUUGGUUCUUCAGUAUUAUACAGCAGGAUAAUUAUUAUAUGGUGUGUUAUGUAAUAACUGAAGUUCUUGAGAUUGUUAUUCGGAAAAAACCUGUAAAUCAGUUUAGGUUAAGAGAA